AUGGAUCAGCCGAAGCGAGUUAUUCUACGCUUGCAAGAAGCAGACCUCGACGAAGCAGACCUCUACGAGCCAGUUCGACUCUAUUUUGAAAAGAACGGUCGCUCAAUCGAGGAACUUGAUACCAGCCGUCAUUUCGUCCACAUCCAACCCUCGAACGCAGAUAUACCGCAGAUAGACCCUAAACUUCAUGUCGUGAUUGAUCUCGAGGCAGACAAGUACUCUGGCACCCUCGGUCCCGAUUUCCCCCACGAGCUAUACCGUGUCCGCCGCGUUGAUGGCAAGUUAGUGAUGUUUGGUUUCAAGGAUGGACCCUGGUAUGACAACUUUAUUCAUAAAAUUCGGUUGAUUAUAGACGACGUGUACCCAUGGGGGAAAACAAAACGCGAUCUCCGGUUUUCAGGUGGCACAGGUGCACAGGCCCUCGAGAGCUAA